GCAACCCCGCUUUGCCGUCGCCGCCGCCGCCGCCCGCCAGCUUUCCGCGCGUCCGCGCCGUGCUCCAGUCCCUGCGGCCUGCCCCGGACGCGUUCGGUCUCUCUGAGCACAGUGUCUCCGCUGCGGCCAAGCGGCGAUGGCCACCAAGAUCGACAAAGAGGCUUGCCGGGAGGCGUACAACCUGGUGCGCGACGAUGGCUCGGCCGUCAUCUGGGUGACUUUUAAAUAUGACGGCUCCACCAUCGUUCCCGGCGAGCAGGGAGAGGAAUAUCAGGACUUCAUCCAACAGUGCACAGAUGACAUCCGAUUGUUCGCCUUUGUGCGCUUCACCACGGGGGACGCCAUGAGCAAGAGGUCCAAGUUCGCCCUCAUCACGUGGAUCGGCGAGAACGUCAGCGGGCUGCAGCGAGCCAAAACCGGCACGGACAAGACCCUGGUGAAGGAGGUCGUGCAGAAUUUCGCUAAAGAGUUUGUGAUCAGUGAUCGGAAGGAGCUGGAGGAAGAUUUCAUCAAGAGCGAGCUCAAGAAGGCCGGGGGAGCCAAUUACGACGCCCAGGCAGAGUAACCCCAGACCUCCCCCUGCCCCUUGCCAAAGUCAUUUGCCUGCUCUCCAGGGGAGGGGAACACGGCCUCUGCUACCAGCCCACCAGCCCACCAGGGAGAGGAGACGCAAUGAGAGGCAACACCCGCCACCCUGUCUGCAACCCAGCUCCCCUUCCCUGCUUCCCUCAUGAGUCCUGUUACGUCCUAUCUCCCAAAGCUCAUGGAAUAUCUUUCCUUUAUCUUCUUUUUCUGUUGUCCCCCUCUUUCUUGUUCUGAAGAAAAAUUAUUGUGAUGCCAAGAUCAUGCACAUCAUCAGAUCUGAGGCGCCUCCUGUGGGGACCCCUUUUUCUGGCGUUUCCCUUAGCCUGCCUGGCCUCCUCCCCCACGACCUCACGUUGCUUCUGGAGCCUGGGCCAGUGCCGCCCCCGGUUUUCCUCGGUGGGCCCGCCUGCUCCCCGCUGAGGAGGCAGCUGUGCCGGGAGCCUCCCAUCCACGGUGGCCUUCAUAAGCACACGCAUUCGCCCCACGUGUCCGGCUCAGAACUCCUAGGAUGUGCUCCAGGGUCCCUCACCCGCCUCACUCAAAGUUGCCUAAGUUAUGGAGACGGUGCUCGGUGGUGAGAAGUCCAGGCCUGAUUCAGACCGAAGGAGAAGAGAACAUUUGCCUUUCAAGUUGCCUGGCAUUAGCUUUGCCACAGGGUCUGAAACAGCCUGUUCCCACCCUUUUGAUUGAAGUCUCAUUGUGGCGUGGAGUGGGGGCAAGGGUCCGAGUCCAGAUUCGACAGCAGUCUUUCAGGGUUGACUUCAGAGACUCCCAAAGCGACCAGGACGUUAGGGAGGGGGCCCGGGGGCAGAACAGGAAUUUCGGUACAACUGGGAACUGAUUCUUUACUUUGGGGAAGGUCCUCUACCGCAGCAGGGACGGCGGGCUCUGCCACCUUAGCUGGGUGCCGCCGAGCCCAGCCUCCGGGGACCACGCACCUGUGGUUUUAAUCUUACACCUGGACUACACAUGCAAAGGGUUUCGUUUUGUUUUUCUUCAAAGAAAGAUGAGAUUGGCUUGGUUCUUCAUGAGCAUUUUUUAUAUUGUUCUUUUCCUUUUUUUUUUUGUCCUUGCUCAUUUCGUCCGGGGGGAGGAAGUCUGUGCUGUGUUGGGGCUGUGAAGAACAUCUGCACUCAAACAGUUUACAGA